CAGAAAGACAAAUGCUCAAAGGGGAGAGAGUAGAGGACCACUUUGCGACCUAUAAGGGUUGUUGUUUUUCCCCAUGCACUAUUUGUUUGCACUCCCGUGCGCACAAGGAGUGCUAAAUGAUCCAGCGCAGUCCACCAAAGGACUCACAGGACUUCUCCGGCAUCGCUUUUUGGUGGAAAUCCGCUACGAGAGAGCACGCAACAGGGAAUCGCUGAGCUGGAGCACUUUGUUGCAUGAACUCAGAAUCACUGCGAUGGAAUAAGCCGCAUUAGAAACUCUACUAACUUGUGGAAAACCUUUCUUUUAUUAAUCUUGUGAGUUCCUGUUUUAGUUUUCGUCCCAAUCAUGUAUGGAUAACGGGUGGUUCGCUUAAGAAUCCGGCUCAGAUGGAUCAGCGCUGACGGGUUUGUGGAGCCGGGGAUUACACAGUGCACUGCCAGCCUGUUGAACGCCCACACACGGGGCCUAUCACACACCAUCUGCCUCGGAAUAAAUAACAGUCUGCAGUGAAGACACUAUCCAUGGAAGUAGUGUAGAAGUUUUACAUAUGACACUGUUGUGAGUUUUACAGUUUCUUGCAGCCAGAACAAUGGCAGCCCCUGGAGCACUGGCACCGAGCGUCCUCAGAUCUGUUGCGACUCUUAGUUGUGCGCUUUUGUUUUUUGGCUGUUUAUGCGUGGCCUCGCCGUCCCACGGUCGGCGGCUGAUAUGCUGGCAAGCCAUCAUGAACUGCCAAGCCGAGCCCGAGUGCAAUUACGCAUAUGAACAUUACACGCGCGCAUGUGGCCCCGUGCUGGCCGGGGAGAGGAAGAAGUGUCCCAGCCACUGCAUCUCCUCUCUUGUCCAGCUCAAUCUGACCAAAAACGGGCCGGCUCUGGAGGACUGCAGCUGCGCCCACGAUGUGGUGUGUACGAGUACCAAACGGGCCAUCGAGCCCUGUCUGCCCAGGACUACCAGCACUGGCUGCACGGAAGCCCGGCGCCAGUGCGAGAGAGACCAGCAGUGCAACUCCGCAAUACACGAUUAUUUGAAACACUGCGGGAAACUUUUCAGCGGGGCAGUCUGCACGAACGCCUGCCGGAAUGUGAUCGCGAAUAUGCGUAAAAUACCCAAGGGUCAGCAGCUGGACACUUGUAUGUGUGACGGGACAGAGAGGGCCAUCUGUGAGUUUGUCAAGAGCAGCAUGAAGGCGCUGUGCUUCGACUCUGCCGAGAGGUAUGAAGGCAGCGGCAACGAUGACAUGGAUCCAGACUACGAAGAAGACUCGUUGGAUCCGGACUAUCCUCAGGAACUGGAGAGCGGAGCCUCUCAUCCAGCGGCCCGCUGUGUUUUGACCCUGCUGGCAUUCACUUUGGCUUUAUUGCCCCUCAUUUAAUCCCCAGGUUCAUAAUCUGCCCCGACUAUUGUCUGGAUAAAUGGCAAUCUAAACUUUUGUCACUCAUUGACCUGCUACUAUUGUGAAAGGUUAGAGCCACAAAGACUAAAGGAAAAGGUGUUUUGGUGCAGGCCUUGUUUAAAUCAAGAGUUUUAGACGCUGAAGGAUAUCAAAUCAGGAUCUUUUCUAUGCAAAUGAAACCAGAAAGAUAUUUGAAACUGUCUGAGCUCCGGGCAGCUCUUGUAUCAAACCACACCACUUCUCAGCUCUCCAGAUGCUUUGCUUAUGUGAUAAGCUAAGUAAGAUUGUCUACUUUCUCACAGUCACAGACUGAUAGUAAAGUUGUCAUAAUAGAGAAACAGUUGGUUUGUUUUGGUGACAAUGCAACGUUUACUCAGUAGAUGCUGUGCACUGCCAAUCUUUUUUUUUUUUUUUUUUUUAAGAUAUGAACUAUUUUUAUAUGAUAGACUGUUGCCGUUUGGCACCAGACUGUCUGAUUUACAAGUAUUUAAUGCUGGAAUCUAUGAACUUGUAAAUAGAUAAGAAGUUAAAGCGAAACAGUAAUUUAUUACGUGCCACCUAGUUACAUCCAAAUGUCCAUCAUGUGAAUAAAAGACUGAGAAUUCCAGCUUUAAAGGGACGUUAUUUUGACUGUGUUCUCUUCAAAGAUAAUGUACAUUGUAUAUAUGUGUAUAGCCUAUAUAGAUUUUUUCAGAGAAUCCUCUAUGUUUUAGGCUAUGAGAUGAUUUAUUCACUGUGUAUAGCCUAGAGAAAGAAAUGUCUAAAUCCACUGUAUGAUUGCCUCAAUGAUAUACUUUUAUAGAAGGCAUAAAGGAAACUUGAAGAUA